AUGACGCCGUGCGCGCCUCCUAUACAGCUUAAUCAAGCCACGCUCCCAACCCUCCACGGCAUCCUCAACCCCGAAUCUAGCCCAUACCUCGAAGUAACGAAGAGAAAACCGCUCGCUAUAGCCUCGCACGAUCGCAGCUUCCGUCGCCGCCGGCGAUCGUCCCGGCCGACGUCAGAGGUCGUGCGACUGCUUCCACAACUACCAUCGUCCCGAAAUCACGACAUAGAGCUCCCGUCUACAAACUAA